AUGAAAUUGUCCAUCAAGGUGGUGCAAUAUCUAGCUGGGUGUGGGCUGCAGAGCUGUGUGAUGCUGGUCCGUAAGGGAUACCCUGACAUUGGCUGGAACCCUGUGGAGGGGGAACGAUACCUUGACUUCCUGCGCUUUGCUGUCUUCUGCAAUGGUGAAAGUGUGGAGGAGAAUGCCAAUGUUGUGGUAAGGCUCCUUAUUCGUCGACCAGAAUGUUUUGGCCCGGCGCUUCGAGGUGAAGGUGGUGAUGGGUUAUUGGCAGCAAUGGAGGAGGCCAUUAAGAUCUCUCAGGAUCCCUCCAGAGAUGGUCCGUCUCCUAUGUCUGAGAGCAGCAAGGCACUCAGUGACAUGCCAGGGGAAGAGGAAGAUGAUACUAUUCACAUGGGAAAUGCCAUCAUGACCUUCUACUGUGCUCUCAUUGACCUGCUGGGCCGCUGUGCUCCAGAGAUGCAUCUGAUCCAUGCUGGUAAAGGUGAAGCUAUUAGUAUCAGAGCGAUUUUGAGGUCUCUCAUUCCUAUUGAAGAUUUGGUGGGAGUCAUCAGUAUUCCAUUCUCUAUGCCUAACCUGGCUAAAGGUAAGAAAGUCAUCUGA